GAAUCUGUCCCUGUUUUGCGCACAGGCCUCCUGGGGGAGGGGGGCUCAGCCCACUAGCCUCAACAUGCAUGUUGGAGAAUGCUGUAAAAUGCACGCAUCCACACAGCACCAGAUUUGGGACGGUGACCCUGGCCGUUGGCCUGAGAAAGGCCCCCCUCCCUGCCAGAGCUAAUUUAGUUGCCCACCAGCACAGACAGCUUCUUGGGGCAAAGGAGACCACCACACCAAAGAGGGGCUCUGUUGACUUUCUGUUGAGAAACGCCCAGCCAGGCAAAGAAAGGGGGGGUUAAGUGAGGAGCUAGCUUAGAGUCCUCACGCAGUCACAAGAGACUUCAGACUGAUCAUCCCGAGGUUCCAUGGAAACUUGUCUGUUUGUUCCCAAGGGAAGGCAGAUACUCUGGAGAGAUUCCUGUACUAUAGGUGGAACACAAUGAAGCGGUCAAUUGGAUCCUGCCACGUGUGGAUCUGGUUACUUGUGCCUGACCAGUUCUCUUUUGAUGGGACGCCUUCACCCGUGCCAGCGGAGCCACGAGCAAAGCGGUGGCCUCUUCUCAGAAGAGGUCCAGGGGCCGUUUCUCAGGGCAAGGCCCCCGUGAUGUCACAAUGCCCCUUCCCCUUCCGGCUGCAGGUGUGCUGGUGGCUGUGGAUCUGGCGAGGGGCCCCAGCAGCCAACUAGCAGGCGGUUUGAGCCGUGGAGGAUGAGGAAAAGGAGAGCGGCGCUAAAAGUGGCAUCAAAGGGCAAGGAGAAAACAGGAGGAGGAACCUUGUAGGAGUUGAAAACAGGCUCAGAAGAUGAGCAAGGGAACACCUUGAGUGGGAUCCAGAGUCUCCUAAAGGGGAUCCCAAACAAAAGAUGCGGCAUUGGUCAGCAAACCCCCCCAUCCGCUCGAGGAGUCGAUGAAGAGGCUGGGGACCACCAUGGCGGUGGGCCUGAGGAGUCCAAAGCUCAAGCACGAAAACCCCCAGAAGGUCGCAGAGGAAGCAGUGAAGCUGCCAGACCACAUAAAAGACUGCGGGAAGAACUUCAACGAGCAGAAAAGGAAGUACAAUUCCCUCUUCAGGAAGAGUCGAAAGUCUGCGAUGGAGUGGCAGCCUUUUGGGAGUGGCCUUUACUACGUAUCCAGGGGGAAAAAGUCCUGGUACGAUGCGGAGAACUUCUGCCUGUCCAGAGAGGCCCAUCUGACCUCCAUCCUAAGCUCUGAAGAGCAGAACCAUGUGACCUCGCAGCUCACCCAGCCUGCCUGGAUUGGCCUGACCGACGGGGGUCGAGGAAAGUGGGAAUGGACCGACGGCUCCAGAUUAAUAGCCCAGUUCUGGUCUCAGGGCCAUCCCGGCCACUCGGAGCGCCCUGGAGACGGAGAGCAAGGCUGCACAAUUAUUGUCCCAUUGUCUAAAGGGCUGAACUGGAAUGAGGUUGACUGCAAUCAGCUGAAUAGAUGGGUCUGCAAAGGAACUCUGGGUGCGGAAGAGCCCCAAAUUCACCAAACACAUUGACCGGAGCCGAUGAGAUGGACUCAGAAAAUCUUCACUGGGGAGUCAAACCCCACCACUUAUGCCCGAUCAGGAAGAGGCUGUGGAUGGACUCUUUCGUCCGAGCGUAGUUCCUCCAGCUGAGAGACAGGAGAGAGGCUGGUUUUAUGUGGCCUUUCCGUGUCCAGGUGUGGCCUUUUUUCAGAGCAGAGCCAGCCAGACGGCGUUCAGAGGGACAUCAUAAUUCUGGCCUUGAGGCUAAUUCAGGCCCUGAAAAAGCCACAGAGGGAGUGGACGGGGACUCUCCUGGCUCAGCAGUCAGCUGUUAUCUCUACCGAGAAGAUUUCCUGAAGGAACGAGCGGUGAUCUGACUCAUCUGUCACCCCAUUGGUCGCCAGGGUGGAUUCCACUGAUCGGACUGGCUGGCUGGCUGGACCUUU